AUGAGAAGUAUCAUGCCCUUCAUCAACGGGGGCAUUUCUGGUAUUAUUGCAACCACUGUCAUCCAGCCCAUCGAUAUGGUCAAGGUGCGCUUGCAACUUGUCGACAGUAGCCAAAUGGGUGUGCCCAAACCCACGCCACUUUCAAUAGCGAGGACAAUUCUCGCCCAGGGUAGGAUGCUCGACUUUUACGCCGGCCUAUCCGCUGGUCUCUUUCGUCAGGGGAUCUACACAACAUCAAGGUUGGGGUUCUUCGACAUGUUCAUGAAGCGGCUACAGCAGAAUCACCAAGAACAAGAAACAGCCGUCAGCUUUGCAGAGCGCUGCGCCGCCGGACUCUUAGCAGGUGGCCUUGGGGCUUUUCUGGCAAACCCGGCGGACGUCGCCCUGGUCCGAAUGCAGGCCGAUGGCCUACUCCCGGCCGCUAAGCGCAGCAACUAUAAGUCGGUCGUCGACGCAUUAGUAUCUAUCACCAAGGCGGAAGGCGUUAGGGCUCUUUGGGCUGGAGCGACACCAACUAUUGCCCGAGCCAUGUCACUGAACCUGGGCCAGCUUACGUUCUUUUUCGAGGCCAAGACCCGGCUAAAGACGCAGACCCAAUGGUCGGCAUCUACGCAAACCCUAGCAGCGAGCGCUAUCGCUGGCUUUCUCUCUGCCGUUAUCGGUAUCCCUUUCGAUUUCGUCAAGACGCGACUACAGAGACAGAAGUCAGGUCCUGAUGGCAAGGUAGCCUAUAACUCCAUGGUCGACUGCUUUAAAAAGGUAGCCACAGAAGAAGGCUGGAUGCGAUUUUAUCGUGGCUUUGGGACGUUCUAUUUCCGAAUUGCACCGCACGCUAUGAUAACAUUAGUUACAGCGGACUACCUUGGUUGGAUAACUAGUUAG